CCCCGACGCGAAUCCCUGCCUCGCGUCGCAAUCAAGUCUUCGCAUCCAUCCAGCUUCCCUCGACUACGAGCGGGCUCGAACUACUCUACACCCCUUGUACGGAUAAUAGUCCGUACCGUCCACCACCCCACCACAGCCAUGCCUCGCCAAUCGCACUCGACGCGAACAAGAAGGGUCGACGCACUGGACUCCGACGACGAGGAGCAGGACAGUCCUUCCACGCGACACCGCGACGCCGCACCCGCAUCCACCGCACGCCGUCGGCAGCCUCGGGCGCAAACCAAUGACGACGAGGACGACGAGGUCAAAUCCGAAGCCGAAUCUGGCGGCGAAGAGGAGGCAGGCGACGCACGGGAUAAGAACGAUACAUCGACCUUGAAGAAUAAGGACAAGGACGCAGUGUACGACCCCGAGCAGAACCUCAACGAGCGGCGCCACGUGCGCCAGGGCUACCGAGUGCUGCAGAAAUCGCUGGAAGAAUCCAAGGCCGAGUACCUCCAGCGCGACAAUGAGAAUCUGUACGAGGCCUUCGCGUCCGCCAACAGGCUGUACAAGAACGUCAAGCAAACCUCCGAUGCCACGCUGGACUCGCGGUUGCUCGUCACGGCGUCGGAUCUCGCGCUGAAGCGUGUGACUACCAUGGUGGUCGGCUCGUCGUCGACCGGUAUCGAUGUGGACGAGUUCGUCGGAAAGUGCUUCUCGUUCAUGAAGCGGGCUGGCCGCGAGGCGGCUCCUCGGCGCGAGGAGGAAGAGGGGGACGACGACAAUGAGGAUCACGGCGAUGCUUCCGAUUGGGCGUACCUCGGCCGUGCGGCGGCCUACAAGGGCAAUAAACGUCCCCCGACCAUCGAGUUCCUUCUGGGACCUCUGAGUCUGCAGAAGAGGGUGCGGGUCGUGCGCACGCGCAAGGAGGGCAUCGAACAUCAACCGGGGACGCAGGCGACAAGGCCAAUCGACAUGAGCGCGGAGGACAUCCAGCAGAGUCAGACUACCACGCUAAAACUUGUCAAGAAAGUCCACGGGUUGCUCAUAAAGUACAUGGAGAGUGAUCAGUACGACGGCGAGACGGACCCAGGCUUGCGGCUGUUCGAUGUUGUCAUCAACCCCGAGAGCUAUGGCCAGACCAUCGAGAACAUUUUCGUCAUCUCGUUCUUGGUCGGUGAGGGACGAGUAGCGAUCUGGACGGACGAGGAUACUGGAAUCCCCAUGCUCUCGGCCGCAACCGAGGCCACUCCCGCGCAGCGGGAGUCCGGCGAGGUUUCGCGCAAGCAGUCGAUCUUUUCGUUGACGAUGUACGAGUGGAAGCGGAUCAUCGAAGUGUAUAGCAUCACAAAAUCGGUGAUCAUCCCGACCCGACCCAAGGAGGAAAUAAACAUCACGGCCACGGGUUGGUACGCUUAGUCUGCCUCUCAUUUUCUCUUUGGCUCCCGCUUUCUCGUGCUUAUCGUGCUUUCUUUGGGCGUUUUCUGGUAGACUCGGGGGUUGGGGGUUGCAGGUUUUACUUCUAGUAUGUAGGUACAAUGUUCAUAAUUUCUGGUCCAUGUGGAUCACGGGAGCUCUGGUUUUGUGGGCUCUGUUUAGGUUUGUUGUUUCUGUGGAGGGAGGUGGCAGAAGGUCAUGUUCCUACCGGGAUCCACGGUCGAAUGCAAAGAUGAUGGAAC